UUGAUCAACUGUUUUGUAGAGCCACCGGAUCUCGCGGCGGAUAGUUUCGUGGAGAAAUUUGCUGCCACGGUUAUAAAAAAUUUACAAGUGACUAUCCGAAAUAUACACAUUCGUUAUGAAGACAAAUACUCCAAUCGUAGCCGUCCAUUUGUGGUUGGUGCAACACUUGAAGGCAUCAAUUUCAAGACCACAGAUGAGAAUUGGAACGAAACAAUACACAAGGAAGUGGUGAAAGUGGUCUAUAAAUUGGUCUCAUUGAAUAAUCUUGCGCUGUAUUGGAAUUCAGAUUCGACGCUUUUCUCAGAUUUGACUGAUCACGCGAAGAUUCUGCAAGAAAUGAAUGAUUCUAUUGUUGUUGGAAACAAGAAGCCAUCGGGCUACAAAUACAUGCUGGAGCCAAUUAAUAUGCAGGCAAAGCUUGCACUCAAUCAAAAGCCCGAAACAGAUGGUUCGAAUUGGACAAUUCCAAAAGUCAGUCUCCAACUUGGUCUCGAUAUACUUGCAUUGGCUGUUGGUAAAUAUCAAUACCAGGAUUUGCUACUACUCCUGGAAGCACAGGAAAGAUUUCGUACAGCGGCCCAGUACCUCAAAUAUCGUCCCAACCUGAAUGAAUAUCGUGGCCAUUACAAAGAGUGGUGGCAUUUUGCGUACAAAGCAAUUCUGGAGGAGAAUGUUCGAAGACGACGCAAUAAUUGGAAUUGGGAGCGGAUGAAAAAGCACCGAAAAUUAGUGAAAUCAUACAAAACAGCAUGGUGGAGUGGUGACGAUGGUGAACAGAAGAAAGCCGAAGGAGGUGAUAAAUUAUCAACGCCAGGUGAUAUUGUAAGCAAAUUUGAGCAAGCCAUGACACCGGAAGAGAAAGCUAAAUUGUUCGAAGCAAUUGAUUAUCAGGUAGCAGUUAUGAUUUUUAUCAUGUUUAUCGCUAUCGAAAAUACUCCGCCGACCGAUUAUCCAAAACAUUUUGUGGAAAAUGUCAUAGUGGCUGAUCUGAACGUGUUGAUGAUUGUGAUCGAGGAUGCUAUCACACUUAAAUUCACCACAAUUACCACUAAAAUACAACAGCGACCAGCUGCCCAAGCUGUCAACUGCUCGCUGUUAAUAUUAAAACGCCUUUCCACUCCAGUGGACGAAAUACGACUUUGGGACAGGCCUAGACAAAAAAGAAUCCUUCUUCACACGGAUGUGAAAGCACGUUCGCUUACGGGAUUGGCGCAUGCGGUCGAUACGAAGACGAAACUUAUGCUGGAUAUUCGAAUAUCACCACUGACAAUUGUUAUCUCCGAAGGUGGUAUCUUCGAUGAGGGGAAGCGCAAUCUGAUUGCCGAUCUUGGCUUACUUACGCUAACAACCGUUGAUGAUAGUUCAUUUGCCGAAGCAUCCUAUACCGGUAAUGAGGAUGCGGAACGCCGUCAGCAAUUGCUAAUUCGUGCAUAUGAUAAAUUUAAUGUAAAAUUAACAAACGUGCAGUUGAUAUUCGCCGAUAACUAUGGUAAUGGUAUGGCUGCACGAACAGAUCCGAAAUCACCCUUCCACUUGCUACAGCCAACGGGCAUGGAUAUUGGAUUCCAUAAAUCAUCCAUCGACGAUUUACAAUUACCAAAGUAUACCACUAGUGGUUUUUUGAAAGUUUUUUUUUCACUCUUUUAUCCGCUUUUUUUAAAAAUACAUGAGCAUGACACAUGGGCAAGUAGCGCUGCUUUCGUGCUGAGAGUCGAGGGUUACAGUUAA